UAUUAAUUAAAAAAAAGAAUGGGAUUGUUUUUUUGAGAAAAAAUGGAACUAUGAAGGUGCCUAGUAGGCAGUGGAAGCCUCUCUGGAUUUUAUCGGUUUUUUUCUCUCUAAAUGAAAUACUGUAAAAUUCUGUACAUGUAGAAAAUUUCUGCCGCUUCCUGGAUGGGUACCUCACAAAUGAAGCAAGUUAAACAAAAUCUUAUUUAUUUGAAUCUCAUUCAGCCCCACAUAAUUUGGCGCAGUUUGUAGCCGCGAUUGUAGUGAGGUAUAAAUAUAAAUCACUCUUUCUGUGCUCGCAGAAGAGAAGCAAACCAUUUUGAGCUGAAUGGAAACUUCAAAGCGCAGUCGGCAGCAGUUCGAAGUGAGUCCAGGGUCCGAUUCAGAUGAAGACGAAGCCCCGAGGCAGAAAAAACCAAGGUUUCCAAAGGGCAAGAAGCAAAAGUCAGUAGAUGAAUUCAACAAUAUUGAGAAUGCAAGCGUAGGGGGUCCUGUCAAGGGCACGGACCCUCGUUUGGCCGCAAAACAGCGUGCCAGACGCCGUAGGGAUAUGGCCGAGGAACUCCUCAACGCGCAGGCGCAUGACACUUCAGUUCUUGAUGACAUUGGCGCCGCGGAGGAGGAUUACGAGGAUGAUGAAGCUCUGGAAGAUGAUGGAAUCAAGAUUGAACCUUUCAAUCUCAAGCAAGAGAGAGAGGAAGGUUACUUUGAUUCAGAAGGGAACUAUGUGGAGUAUGGAAAUGGGAAUGAAAUUAAGGAUGCUUGGCUUGAUAGUGUGGAGGUGGACACACGUUUUGCAGACGAGCACUUGGAAAUUCAAGAAAGGGAUAAUGAUCAGGAACUUUCAUCUUUAGAAGUUGGUAAAAUCAAGAGGCGCAUAGCAAAUACCCUCCAGCCAGGAGAGACGGUUUUACAUGCUUUGAGGAGGAUGAAGGCAAUCUCAAAUGAUAAAAGUAAGCGGGGAAAAAUGCCAGAAGAAACAAAAGUAGUCUUUGAUCAGCUCACAGAUGAUGCCAUGAAAUUGAUGGAUAAUGGGGAUUACAAUGUAUAUGAUGACAAAAAGGAAACAUUUGAGAGAGAAGCUGAAGGAUACGAAAGAAUUGCUCGUGCAAAGGGUGGACCAUUGGUUGGCAUUGUGGACACUAGUAUAAGUGUUAAUGCUGGUAAAAUGGAGGAUAUUUUUGCUGAUGAUGAAGGAGAAGCCAGACAAAGUUAUUCAUCAGUAACAGCUUCAGGCCCUUGGAGUGAAAAUUCCAGUGAUGCAAUAGAUAUCUUUGGAGAAGGUGAUGGAGCUGCUGCUGUGGACAUAUUCUCUGACAGCGAGGUCUCUAUAUCUCAUUCUACCGUCCAGGAAACUACACCACAGUCAGGACAUAUAGAUGAGUCUACUUUGUCUACACGCAAUUUUGGUGAAGGUGGAGUGCCAUCAGAUUAUGUUUUUGAUGGAUCAUCAGGGUAUUACUAUAGCAGCAGACUAGGUUAUUAUUAUGACCCAAGUACAGGAUUUUUCUGCAGUGCAACAACAGGAAAAUGGUACAAAUUUAACGAGGAAACCAACAUUUAUGAAGAAAUGCCGACUGAUUCAAGCUAAAGUUACUGGUCGUUGCUCUGGAUAGCAUAAGACUGUGAAGGAUUUUUCAAAAUUAAUAAUAAUUUUGGGCCUUGUCUUCUACCAUCAGAUUGAUAUGCCAAGGUUUAGUUGCCAAAAUUUCACUCUGUAAUUAGUGAAAAUUUUGUAAAGAAUAUUUCAUUGUUUAAAACUUUGAAUGUUUGCAAUGCCUGAGAAGCUGUUUUUUCAAUAUUAUCAGUUGGAAAGAUUUGUAUACUACUUGGAAUUGGAAGGAAGAUCUUAAUGGUAGACUGUAUAGUGGUAUCAUGUCAAAUAGGGUUUUUACAGAGCACUUUUGCACUGGUUUUUGAGCUGUAUUUCAGGAUAUGAGGUUCUCUUAAUGUAAAUAGUGAAUUUCGACCUUUUUUUCAAGAUUUCA